AUGUCAUUUGUGGCCGAAGCUGCAGAGGUGGUUAAACCUCACAUUGCCAAAUGGUAUACCAUCGUCUUUGCAACCAUUCUUUUGUAUGUUGUGCACCGUCAGGUCAGAAUCUACCGCAUUUCCAAGAAGUUUGGAUGUAAAGAUACUGAGCCUAUUCCAGCACCAUUCUUUGGUGUCCCACUCUUGGUGGAUGCUCUUAAAUCCAUCAACAAUGGUACAAUCUUGGAAUUGAUUGGCGAACGUUUCAGCAAGGCUCACAACGAUACCUGCCAUCUUAUGUUGGGUGGUAUUCGUGUGCUCUUUACUUUCUCGCCAGAAAACUACAAGGCCAUCUUGGCCAACCAGUUCAACGACUUUGCCUUGGGCAAGAGACACUCUCACUUUUUGCCAUUGUUGGGUGACGGUAUCUUUACUUUGGACUCUCACGGAUGGAAGAACUCCAGAGCCAUGUUGCGUCCUCAAUUCUCCAGAGAACAGAUUGCCCACGUCAGGACCUUGGAGCCUCACGUCUUGACCCUCGCCUCCCACAUCAAGAAGGCUAACGGUGAGACCUUUGACAUCCAGGACUUAUUCUUCAAGUUCACUGUUGACACUGCUACUGAGAUCUUGUUUGGUGAAUCUGUUUACUGUUUGAGAGACGGCACUGUCCCAGAGAAGCCUCCUCAUGACUUGUUCCCAGGCAGAGAAGAAUUCGGUGAAGCUUUCAACCUCACACAAAGAGUCCUCGCCAUGAGAUCUUACUCUCAAGUGUUCUACCGUGUCAUCGAUGGCUUCAAGUUCCGUAGUGCUUGCUCCAAGGUUCACAAGUUCGCUCAGUUCUACGUCAACAAGGCUCUCGAUGCUCCUCAGGAGGAGAUCGAGGCCAAGUCCGAGAAGGGUUACACUUUCUUGUACGAGUUGGUGAAGCAGACCAGAGACCCUAAGGUGUUGCAGGACCAGUUGUUGAACAUCAUGGUUGCUGGUAGAGACACCACUGCUGGUUUGUUGUCCUUCACUCUCUUUGAAUUGUCCAGACACCCAGAGGUCUACAACAGAUUGAAGGAGGAGGUAUUGGUUCAGUUCGGUGAGGGUACUCCAGAGGACAUUUCCAACAUUUCCUUCGAGUCUCUUAAGAAGUGUGAGUACUUGAAGUGGGUUCUUAACGAAGUUUUGAGAAUGUACCCAUCUGUGCCAAUGAACUUCAGAGAGGCCACCAAAGACACUGUUCUUCCUACUGGAGGUGGUCCAGACGGCACCGCCCCAGUCUUUGUUGCCAAGGGCACCACUGUUGCAUACUCUGUUUACAAUACCCAGAGAGAUCCCAAAUACUACGGUAAGGACUCCAACGAGUUCAAGCCAGAGAGAUGGGCUGAGAACCAGAAGCUUGGCUGGGCUUACUUGCCAUUCAACGGUGGACCAAGAAUCUGUUUGGGCCAGCAAUUUGCUCUUACGGAAGCUUCCUACGUUGUUGUGAGAUUGAUCCAGUUAUUCCCUAACUUGGUUUCUGCUUACGAGGGUCCCUACCCACCAAAGAAGAUGUUGCAUCUCACGUUGUCUAUGUUUGACGGUGUUCCAGUUAAGAUGACUUAA